CACUUUCAUCAAAGGAAAAAACUUGGUUUGCAAGACAGUCCUCCUCGUUCUUCACGGAAUCGCGUGUGUCACGGUGUGUGUGUGUGAGAGCGCGCGUUUGACAGAUCGGUAACGCGAGGGGGGUGAUGCAAAAUGGACGACGGCCGGAAAAAGACGCAGGACUACGCUCGAGCGGAAAUCGAGAGCGGGCAAAGACGGAAGCAAAACGACGACGACGACGCAGAGCGAAAGGACAAGGAACGAUUGAUGGAGUUGCUGCACAAGUACAACGAUAUUAAGGAUGCGACGCAGCGCGUGCUUGGAGCGCUGGCCGUCCACGAAGGUGUCACGGUGAGGGAAAUGCAUCGGCGCUACAAUUUGCCGCUGGAUUCGUAGCGAUUGACGACGGAUUAUUUAUUAACUUUUUCAUAUAUUUAUUUUUUACAAAAAAAAAAUAAUCUGUAUGUACUAUUGUGUAAAUUUACAUAUCUGAAAUAAUUCUAUUAAAUUUCACAUUAGAGUAACGAAA